AUGAAAGCACGCGAUAUUUAUUCCACUGUUGCUAUUUUAUCACUUAUCGGUGGUGUUGUCUCUCAGAGUGUUAACGAUGACCCCCAAGUGACCCUCAGCAUCCAAGAGGACCAUCAAGACCAUCAAAAAGCUUCUGCCUUGCUUCAAGAUCAAGGACAAGAUGUCCCAGCCAGCCAAAUCGGUAAGUCUAGUGAUAAGGGCGAAGGGAUCCGGAGGUUCGACGCCGAAAUUGAAGAUAAAUCUGACGCUAAACUCACCAAUUUGUCAAUUGAUGAUCGGGUGAAGCGCGAGCCACUUUCUGAGUCAGACACUCGUGAUAAUGAUAAUCACUCGCGGGUUCAUCAAACUCCGGAAUUGAUUCCUGUCAAGGUGGACCAGGUUCUCCAAUCGGAAGUUAAUUAUGCAAGAAAAUCGCUGCUUGUUGAUGAAGACGAGGUCAGAAAUGAAAGAAGUGACAAAGAGAAGAUUAAUAUUGACGAAAUUCCUGCUUCAGAUAUUCAGCAUUGGAAGGAACAGGCGGUGCUUCUUCAGGAGCAGAUUAAAAAUGAAAGCUACUUGUCGUAUCUUAGAGAGGCGGAAAUCCUUCCGGGAGUGCCGAAAUUUACCGAGAUUCAAGUUUUAGAUCUGUUGAAAAAAGUUGCGCCUAAAAAACUUGACGAGUCUUAUUUUGACAAAGCUAACACUUCUGCGCUGAGCAAAGAGCAACUGGAGGCGCUGAAAUGCGCGGAAGGUUUUGUUAAGGAAAACCAGAGGAAAGGCUUCGCAGAUGAUAUGCUUGAGUGUAUUCGCGGGUUGAACUUCAUGAACUGCAUGAGGAUCUUUAUCUGGCCAAUAAUCGUAGACAAUGUUCCAGAAUCUAUUACUCAGCGGUUUCCGACGCUGCCUUUAGAAUUCUCGUUGUCGGAUUUUUUACCGGUGAAUCGUGAAACUCCAAAGAUUGUCCGAGCAACCGCGGGUGCUCCUCAACAACGGCUGAUUUCUCCAGAGCUGGUGAUCUCCAAUAUCCUGAAGGACGCGUUGGAAGGCGGAAAUUUGAAAGACUACGAGAAAAUCCCGACGUACAUUGACGAAAAAAACGAAACUUUUGCUCAAAUUCUGACCCCAGGUCAGCUUGAGAUUCUCCAGUUGGCGGAGAAAUUCCUGCCAGAGUCCUUGAGACAGGACUACGCCAAUAGAAUGUACUCUUGCGUGACGAGGUUCGAGUACUUCAGCUGCAUAAAAUUCUUCACUUGGCCGAUGAUAAAGCAGAACUUCCCGGCGCUUCCAGAGUUUCCGGACUACCAAAGCUGGUACCCAGCGAGCAUGAACGUCUUUCCGGGGUACCCAUUGAUCCCAUUUCCGGAGAAUCCAUCAAAGGAUGGCGAGCUGCCAGAAGUCGUCGAGGCAGAGUUCAAGAAUCGACGACCACGCCCUGAGACAUUGAUAGUUCAUAUUUUGAAAAAUACGUUAGAUCAGCAACCGAGACAGCAACUAUUGUCAUCAGCAGUACGUUUGCAGGAUGAUAAUAUUAAAGCGAUGACCAAAGAACAGCUGGCUUCGAUUCAGAUGGCUGAGCAGCUGAUUCCUAUAGAGCAUCGAGCGGAGUUUGUUAAUACCAAUGUCGAUUGUAUGAGACAGUUCAAUUAUCUGACCUGUCUGAGGUACGUGACCUGGCCGACUGUCAGGAAAUGGAAGCCUAACAUGCCGAAUUGGUCCGAACUUUUCGGUCAGUUCGCUCAGUUUGGAAUUCCUGACUUUUCGUCUACUCCCUCCUCUACCACGAUCACCAUACCCACUUAUCCUAUUUGGUUUCCUGGAGGUGGGGGAUCCAUUGGAGGGCUAGAAGGUGGAGCCAUUGGAGGGUCUAUUAGUUCUGGAAUCGGAGGAAGUGGCGCCAGUUCCGGAGGUAAUGGAGGUUCAAAUCACGGAGGUGCGGCAGCUGGAGGCGGUUCUGGAGCAAGUGGGGGUUCUAAUCAAGGAGGUACGAUAGUUGGAGGUGGUUCUGGAGGAAGUGGGGGUUCUCAUCAAGGAGCUGCGAUAGCUGGAGGAGGAAAUGGUGGAAGUGGUUCGGGAGGAAGUGGAGGUUCUCAUCAGGGAAGCUGGGGUCAAGGUGGAAGCUGGAACGGAGGAAGCGGUAGCAGUGGAACUGGAGGUACCAGUGGCGGUUCCGGAGGAAGUGCUGUUAAUAUUAUUGAAGGAAAUAAUCAAGGGGUUACGGCCCAACCUGGAAAUGGUGGGAUCAUUAUUAUUAUUCCUGGCCAAUCGGGAGGAUCUGGAAGCUCAAGUGGAUCCAGCAAUACAGGAAGUUCUGGAGUUUCUAGCGGUAGCAACUGGGCUAGUGGAAGUCAUCAUCAAACUUCGGGAGGCACUACGGGAGGUACCAGUGGUAGUCACUGGGGUUCAGGAGGAGGAGGAUCUGGUGGACAAACUGGUUCCGGCAGUUCUGGAGGACAAGGAAGCGGUGGAAGUGGUAUUAGUGGAGGAUCUGGAACUGGAGGUUCAGGUGGUUCUGGAGGUAUUAGUGGUGGAUCUUGGGAAAGCAGUCACGGUGGUUCUAAUGUUGGUCAAGGUGGCUCAACGUCAGGAGGUUCUGGAGGUAUUAGUGGUGGGUCUUGGGAAAUCAGUCACGGUGGUUCUACUGCUGGUCAAGGUGGCUCAACGUCAGGAGGUUCUGGAGGAAGCGGUGGUAAUCAAGGUGGUGGUGUUACAAUAAUCAUUCCUCCAGGAGGAUCUGGAGGACAUCACCAUGGAUCUGGUAUUCAUCAUGGAACUGGAGGCUCUGCUGGAUCUGGAGGUCAAGGUAGUCACGGAAGCAAUCAUGAAUCCAGUGGAGGAAACUGGGGCUCGAGCGGAGGUUCAAUAGGCGGAUCUGGAAUAUCUGGAGGGUCUGGAGGUAAUCAAGGACCUAGUGGAGGAAACUGGGGCUCUAGCGGAGGUUCAAUAGGUGGAUCCGGAGUAUCUGGAGGAUCUGGAGAUCAUCAAGGGUCCAGCGGAGGAGGCAUAGACAUCAGCGGUGAAAGUUCAGGCGGCAGUCACGAGUCCGGUGGAGAUGGAUCAAUCUCAGGUUCAGGAGGUGAUCAAGGAACCAGUGGCGGAAGUGAAUCGGGAGGAGAUAUAAAUGUUGGUGGUUCUGGAGACGGUCAAGGAUCUGGAGGUGGUUCCGAAAUCGAUCAGGGAUCAGAUGGAGGCAUAGACGCUGGUGGUUCAGCAGGAGGUGAUGGAGGUAACCAAGGCGGUUCUGAAGGCGAAUGUACAUGUUGUCCAACAAGAUCUACCAAUACAAGAGAUUCUAUCCAGUAUCUCAAAGGAAUCGAACCCAAAAUCAUCGACAUUCUUCACGGUCUACGUUAUUCAAUGAUAAACUCUCCAAUUCAUCGUACAUUCAUCGCUGACAGACAGAUGAUGUCUCAAACGCGACUCACCAAUGAACAACUGACCAUUUUAGAACUAUCCGAAAGCAUGGUUCCAUUUUCAGCGCGCCGCGAUCUCAUCUCCCGAUCACUAGGUUGCCUUCAAGGAGGUGCUGACUUUAUGGUCUGCACCAAAAACGUUAUCUGGCCGUUCCUACAACUCUACAUCGAAAACAUCCCCGAAUUUCCUGCAAACACCGAAGCAUCUGCUAUCAACAACUACAAAUUUCAGUCAGCAGGCGAAAAGCACGGGCUUUUUGCAAGGAAAAGCCAACAGCCGAUUACAAACCGGAGGAUUUCUUCUUCCCAAGGCAAUUUUGGACUCUUAAGAUAUCCUAACAUUCAAAUUGCAGCAAGAACACCUUUGCAGUCAGGUAUCUCUGCUAAAUCUGACGACCAGCCAAUCAUUUCCGUCACUGGUACCCGAUUCGUGCCAAUUUACUCCGACCAUCCCGAGGGAAUCAUUCUCAACAUUCUCAACGCAAUGGCAAAGUCUAAACCCGAAGCUCAAGAAUUCAGCAGCAAAAUCGCAAAUUUUCCAGAACUUCUAAGUCCAGCGAACCAACAACAAGAAAGUAUCUUGAAGUUAAGCGAAAGCCUGCUCCCUGAGAAUGCUAGAACAAGUUUUUUUGAGAACAUGUUGACCUGCUUGCGUUCAAACGAGUUUGUCGUUUGUUCCCGUGAUAUAAUGUGGCCUCAAUUGAUCGAAUACUAUCCAAGGAUGCCCAGUUUUCCGGCAUUCCAAAGGAUUCUAAACUCUGGAGCUGCUGGAGAUUACCUCCAACCAAUAGCAGACAACGCUGCGCCUAUCGCUGAGACAAACGUCAAGACAGACCUAGCUGGAGACGCGAUGAUCACCAUUACAGACACCCAAUUCGUGCCAAUCAGCGAAAGACCAGAAGAAGUGUUGUUGAAGCUUCUGAAAUCAAUGGAGGCAUCAACCCAGAAUCCUUCUUACUCAUCAAUCGCCAAGUCUCCUGCAUUUGGCACCCAGUUCACUAAAUCCCAGUCUGAUGUUCUUGUAACAGCAGAAAAUCUACUGCCUCCAACAUUCCGGGAGGUCUUUAUCAUCCGAAUGAGUGAUUGCACCCGCGGAAACAGUUUCUUGGACUGCAUGAGAGACAUCUCUUGGCCCACUUUAGGCCAGUUCUACUCCCGUCUGCCUAGUUUUCCGAACAUAGGGACUGAAGUGAACUUGCCAGCAGAGAAGCCGCAGCAGUCAGCUCUGCUUCCUCCUCACGUAGAGCCAAAUUACGCUGAACAAGUCCCAGAAAGGAUUGAGUUCCUUCCUCUGUCUCAGUAUCAGCCAAAUAACUUCCAACCUUUCGGGUUGAAUCCAUAUACCGAGGAGUACUUGGGAUUACAACAACAAGCAUCAACUUCGUCAGUAGCAUUUGCCGAGCAACCUAAAACUCUUCUAGAUAUUUCCCAAGAGAAUACUCUUCAAAAUUUGACCCGUCUACGUAGAAAUAUAGACAAUCAAUCAAAUGUUAAUUUAACUGAGACGGAUUUUAUUGAAUUGCUGAACAAAAUCCUGGAGAAGAAUCCAGAAACUGAUCCCAAAAAGCCAUUUGUUGAGACGCUUAAUUCAACUGUCAAGGACUUGCUAACUGAUAAUCAAUUGAAGAUUUUGAACAUGACGGAGCGGCUGGGGGUUUACAAUACUCGGGGAGUAAUGGGUCAAGUGAUUAACUGCAUCACCGGGCUUAGUUUCAUCAGGUGCUUGGGGAUUUUCAUGGUACCUGUCAUCAUGAACAUGCUGCCAAGUCUAGGUCUUGGUUUGCCUUUUGGUCGCUCAAAUUCGGACAAUGAAGACAAUCUGAUGAAGAGCAAGGAAUCAGUAGAGAAUCUUCUGCUUGAUUGGUACAAAAGCCUAACCCAAGAGAAGUUCUCGACGUUUUUUGGGCUUUUGGAGUUCCAAGGCUACGGAAACGGUGAGAUUGGAGUCAAAUUGUCAGGAUUCAGGCAAGCUAGAGCCAGGAUAAAGGACCACAAGAAUUUGCCGAGUAUUCUGACGAUCAUCAGCGACAUUAUGGAGGACGUGUUGGACCCCAAGCCCGAGAAUGUCAAGGUCAAGAAAAUAAAGCGGCAGAGGAGUUUAGAAUUGAAUUCUUUUGACGAAGUGAAUAGCGAUGACAGAAUCAUCCAGAUGCUCUUAGAAAGGCUGAAAGCCAACAAUAGCAACGUUGAUGGUGAUGCAAAUAAUAAAAAGAAAAAGAUGCUGAUGAUCCAACUGGUCUUACUGGGACUUGUAUUGCCAAUUAGGGGUGGUUAUAUACCACCCGGACCGCGAUACACAUGCCCAAAAGAUCAUUUUUACAUAUACCCCUGUGAAUGCCUGCGAGGAAGUGACUCAGGUCUAUUUAUAAGAUGCGAAAACACGAACCUAGCGAGUUUGAGCCUGGCUUUCGCCAAUUUGGGAAACGAAGCCGCGCCUAUAGAGGAAUUGACGCUCUACAAAUGUAACAUCGCUAGAUUUUACGGACCAGCGCUCUACCCGCUGGAUGUUCGCGUGAUAAGGAUAAUCGAUACUCCGCUGAAGUCGAUUGAGGAGCACAGCUUUCUCGGAGUUAAUAGAACACUUCAAGAAUUGUACAUCGAGAGAACCGAGUUGGAACGUUUUCCCCGCGAGGCGCUGCAGAUAUUAGGAAACUUAUCGAUUAUGAAAAUAAAGGGAAACAAAUUAACGUCACUGCCCGGGAACAGCUUCAGUGGGAGUAUGCUCGCGGGAAAGCUUGAGAAAUUAGAAAUUAGCGAUGGAUUAUUGUCAUUACUGCCCGCCGACGCGUUGAUACCGCUCAAGAAACUAAAACACCUCGAUUUGCAUGGAAACAAAAUCGGCGAACUAAAACGGAACCAAUUCAAGGGUCUGAGAGACACUGAAGUUCUUGAUUUGUCCCACAAUCUAAUCAGCAAGUUAGAUCCCUCUCAUCUUGCAGAUCUCACAAAAAUGGGCUCUUGCAAUCUUUCGCACAACGCAAUUGGUGAGCUAAAACGCGGAACCUUUGCAAGGAACACAGUUCUGAAGGUGUUAAAUCUAAGAAGCAACAAGAUCAGAAAACUAGACUCGAACACCUUCAGAGGAAUGCGAUUUCUUCGCAGGUUGUACUUGAGCGACAACCAGAUCAACGACGUUGGUCGCGGGACCUUUGGUUCGAUAACCAGGAUCGGUACGAUUGAUCUAGCAAGGAAUCAAAUCAAAAGGAUUGACUAUCAGAUGUUCAACCAGCUUCAGUUCUCUGAUCUAAUCGACGUUUCAGAAAAUCAGGUGACUGUGAUCGAGAAACUGGCUUUCAAGGAUUUGUUUUUAACGCAGAUCAAUUUGUCAAGAAAUGCGAUAGAGAAAAUCGAACCAGGAGCUUUUGAGAAUUGUGCAAACAUCACUUUGCUGGAUUUGAGCUACAACAAAUUGGAGAACAUUGCAAAAACUGCUUUUGAUAGCGCAACUUAUGCGACGGAAUUGCAAAUUAGCUACAAUUUGCUGACGGAAUUGAACCAGGUCCCGCUGCAAAACAUGACUGGUUUGAAGGUUUUGAACGUUUCUCACAACAAUAUUCAUUCAAUACCCCGGCAAACUUUUCCAAAACUUUAUGAACUGCAUACGAUUGACAUUUCUUACAACAACUUGUCUGAAAUCCACUCAGCAAUCUUCCAGACGCUGUUCAGUCUCAGAUUUCUGAACAUGUCGCACAAUUCGUUGGAAAAAAUCAAACCCGCAACAUUUGGCUCGCUUCCGACGGUGCUAGAACUUGAUUUGAGCUACAACAAGCUGAAGGACAUUGCGAGAGGAAGUUUAGCAAAGCUGGCAAGCUGCAGAAUUUUGACCGUGAAGAACAACCACCUGGAAAAGAUCUUCCAGCUGCCGAUUUCACUCGGACACUUGGACUUUUCGGAAAACGAGUUAUCAGAAAUUCCAUCAGAAGAUGUCUGGCCGCCAAUGAACUCCCUGCUGUCACUGGACUUGUCACACAACCGGCUGGGAGAUAAUCUCCAGUACAAGAGCUUCGACCCUCUGCUGACCCUAAGGACCUUGAACCUGGAGAACAACAACAUGACCCGUCCACCUUGGGCGGCUCUCAGCACUCUGACCAGUCUGCAAUAUUUGUACAUGCAGGACAACCAGCUGACCCAACUGGACAAAGCCUCCUUCGGGCAGCUACCGAUCGUCUUCGAGCUAAAUCUUGCGAAUAACAGAAUUAAGACGAUCAGUCCUCGCGCUUUUGAAGGACUUUUGCAACUGCUGACCCUGAAUCUCACUGGGAAUAACUUGACGCAUAUUCCUAACGGCGCGUUCCAGGGCUUGGUAUCUCUACGCUCGCUGGAUCUUUCGAAGAACAGAUUGGAAAAGCUAGAUAACAAGACUCACGGAGUGCUCGAGGAUUGCUUGUCAUUAGAGAGGAUUAAUCUUAGUAACAACAAAAUUUCAUUUAUUACUAGAAAAACCUUUCCUAGUGAUCCUUAUCGCCCGUACAGAUUGAAACAAAUUGAUUUAUCCUACAAUAGUAUGCCCGUCGUUACUUUCGAUCUGACAACCGGUACCAAGAAAGUCGAGGCUCUGAAUCUUAGUCACAAUGAUGUGAUAGGAAAUUUAACAUCUCUAAAAACAUUGGACCUGUCUGACAACGAGCUGAGCGAUCUUUCAGAAGAAUUCGUGUUCGAGCCGCCAGAAAACCUGACAAACCUGUACCUGAGUGGGAAUCACUUCAGCCAGUUGCCGGUGAGCAAAAUCUUGGCGAUGCCGAACCUGAAGGUUCUGGACCUGAAAAACAACGAGCUGGGGAGUUUCGACGAGAGUUACAUGAAGAUUGUGAGGAAUAAAACAUCGGUGAGGUACGGGGGGAACCCGCUGCACUGCGAUUGUUAUGCCCGGCCAGUUCGUAGAUGGCUGGAGACCUUGACGGAAAUUCCAGACGAGUGGAUGGACUUGACCUGUGCGAGUCCGGAUUACGUUGCCAAUAAACGACUUGUUGAUGUUGCUGAGGACUUGAUGACGUCAGGCAACAAACCGCUUUUAGAGAAGGAUCUUGUGUACAAAGAGAGAUCCUUUAAGAUAAAAAAUUUGCCAGAAUCGAUGAAUAUCAAAUAUGAGCUGUGUGUGCUCGCAAGAGAUUCGAUCGGUAAUGUCAAGCACUUUAGAAGCUCUCAGUGUCAGAUCCUCAACAAACGACCGAUUCUAUCCUCCGACUCAUCAGCAUUAACUUGCUACUUUACUCUAACACUCGUUACCAUUACUCUAAUCGCUGUGAUAUAUUAA